AUGGCCUCCAAAGGCGCGGUCCUGCCGCUGUUGAGGCGCGAGUUGCGACCCUCUUCCCGGCGCCUCCCCAAGGCUCCCGCCUCGUUGUCAUCACUCGCGAACUCUGCACGGCCCUCCAACCUCUCCUUGCCAGCAUCAUACCGCAAAGUCAUUCGACCACGGUCGCUAUUCACUCCCAUUCAGACACGCGCCUUUUCACAAUCGGUAACACGAAGAUUAACCGAUGCCGAAGGCAAUUUCGAUCCCCGUCAGCUGGACAGAGAAUCGGAUGAGGUGGAUGUUUGUAUCGUCGGUGGCGGUCCCGCUGGUCUCGCCGCAGCUAUUCGAUUGAAGCAAUUAGCAAAUGAAGCCGGCAACGAGGAGUUCCGCGUCAUUCUGUUGGAAAAGGCCGGCGAACUCGGCGCCCACGUCCUGUCCGGCAACGUACUUGAGCCAACGGCGCUGAAUGAACUCCUGCCCGACUGGCUUGCGGAGGACAACCCGUCCCGCUUCGAAGGGGCGACCCCUGCGAAGGCGGAUAAGAUGCGCUUCCUGACUCAGAACUCGUCCUUCCCGAUCCCCGCGCCACCGCAAAUGAACAACCAUGGCAACUACAUCAUCAGUCUUAACGAGCUCACCAAGUGGCUAGGAGAGCGGGCGGAAGAACUUGGUGUCGAGAUUUAUCCCGGAUUCGCAGCCAGUGAGGUGGUCUACAAGUCGGAUGGCUCCGUUCUUGGUGUCGCAACCAACGAUCUUGGCAUCGGUCGCGACGGCAAAGCGAAAGAUAGUUUCGAGCGGGGUAUGGAGUUCCAUGCGCGGGUCACCUUGCUGGCCGAGGGCUGUCAUGGGAGCUUGACCAAGCAAGUGGCUAAGAAGUUCGACCUUCGUCGCGAUAGCCAACCGCAAACCUAUGGUAUUGGUCUUAAGGAGAUCUGGGAGAUCCAACCCGAGAAAUUCAAGUCCGGUGAAAUUACGCAUUCCUUGGGAUACCCUCUUCCGUCGGAUACCUACGGGGGAGCAUGGAUGUACCACUUCGGCGACAACAUGGUCAGCAUUGGCUUGGUCGUGGGACUGGAUUAUCCGAAUCCCUGGUUGUCGCCCUACGGGGAAUUCCAGAAACUCAAGCACCACCCUCUCUUCAAGGAAGUCUUGGAAGGCGGCAAGUGUAUCUCGUAUGGUGCGAGAGCCCUCAACGAGGGUGGCUUCCAGUCCAUCCCGAAGUGCGCUUUUCCCGGUGGCGCCUUGAUUGGCGACAGCGCCGGCUUCUUGAACGUUCCCAAGAUCAAGGGAACCCAUACCGCGAUGAAGUCUGCCAUGUUGGCUGCUGAAUCCACCUUUGCAGCUCUGCAGGGUAACCCUGACGGCAGUGUAUUCCUCUUCGACUAUGAGGAGGCUUUGCGCAAAUCAUCAAUCUGGAAGGAGUUGUACGAGGUACGCAACAUGCGCCCCUCUUUCAGCACGCCCCUUGGUCUCUAUGGUGGAAUUUUGUACUCUGGCCUCGAGGCCUACAUUCUUAAGGGACGGACUCCCUGGACGCUCAAGCACCACACCACCGACGCCGCGGCCACGAAAUUGGCCUCUCAGUGCAACAAGAUUGAGUACCCCAAGCCGGACGGCGUGAUCAGCUUCGAUAUUCUCACCAGCGUCAGCCGGACCGGAACAAACCACGAGGAGGACCAGCCCGUCCACUUGCAAGUGGAGGACUGGGACAAGCAUACGGAUAUUGCCUGGCCUAAGUACCAGGGUGUCGAGAACCGGUUCUGCCCGGCCGGUGUAUAUGAGUAUGUUGAGGACUCCAGCAAGCAGCAUGGUGUUCGCUUCCAGAUCAACGCUCAAAACUGCAUUCAUUGCAAGACGUGUGAUAUCAAGGUACCCACACAGGACAUUAACUGGCAGACGCCUCAGGGUGGCGAGGGACCGAAUGCCAAUUCAGUAACUAAGCAGGAUAUUGAGGAGCAUUUCAGCACCCAUGGUUCCGGAAAGAUCACAGAGAUCAAACUGAUGAAUGGCUUCGGUUUCAUCGAGUACGAAGACGCGAUGGAUGCUCGAGAUGUUGUUCCCGCUUUCCAUGGCAGCGAUUUCAAGGGCGAGCGACUCACCGUGCAAUUUGCCCGUGGCCCGCGCCGCAAGGAAAACUUCCCUGGCCCGAUGGACCGUCCCAACAUGCCUCGCCCCCGCCGCACGAUCUUUCGCAUGUUACUUUCUGGACUCCCGGAAACAAGUUGGCAGGAUCUAAAAGACUUUGCCCGCCAGUCUGGCCUUGAUGUGGUAUACUCCGAGACCGGUCGUGAGCUUGGUAGAGGGUUCGUUGAGUUUGAGACCGCCAACGACUUGAAGACUGCCGUCGAGAAGCUCGACCAGCGCGAGUUCAAGGGAUCUCGUGUGACAUGUAUCGCCGAUAUCCAAAGCUUUCCGCCGGAAGACCGUUCUUUCCGUGACCCCUACCGGUCGCGAUCCCCUCGUCGGAGCUUUCCCCCAAUGGAGGAAUACGACCGCCGAUUUCCCGCACCCCGUGGCUACAGUCCGCGGGCUCAUUACCGGGAACGGUCUCCUAUCCCCAUGCGGCGGGAAUACUAUGAACGAGAUGGGUACGGACGCCGGACGCCACCUCGCCCGCGGAUUGAAGACUACCCUCCUCCGCGUCGACCCUAUGAGGAUCCGUAUGAUGUUCGUCCGCCACCUCCACCCCGGCACUACGAUGACCCCUACAUGCAAGCCAGAGCCUACCCCCGUCCCCGGAGUCCUCCGCGGGGCGAGUACAUGCCGUACGAACGCCGCGGCUAUUGGUAG